AUGGCCAAUAACAACGAUGUAAUAAUAGCGCCUUUCGAGACCGAGCAAGAUUUUAGACAAGGACAACACUGUCUUUCCGAAGCCUUUGGUCAUCAGGCGAAAGAUGCUGUAUGGCGGCUGAUGACACCAGGCUGGGACACAGACGAGGGACAGACGAAGCACGCCCAAACUUUGAUGAAGCGAUGGCAAUCCACUACCACCAACAAAGAUGGACAACCCAACGCCAUCUAUCUCAAAGCCACUCUGCCUGACCCAGACAAGCAGGGCGAAAGACGAGUCGUUGGCAUGGCCAUCUGGAAGCAGUUGUCCUUUGUUGAAGGCUACGGCGAUCCCUUUUCCAGCGAUAUGACUGCUGCUCUUGUCGACUAUGACGAAAAGAACCAACGCUUCGCAACACAGAUGUUCAAUUCGUUAUGGAAACGACGCAUCGCGUACAUGCACGAGGUCGAAAAAUCAGACCGCAAUCCUCCGGCUAUCUUCACCUUGGAUAUCUGUGCUGUUGACCCAGCAUAUUCGCGUCGUGGUAUUGCUACCAAGCUGGUCGAGGCCGGCCUUGCAGAGGCAAAGAAGAGGGGUAACUUGGAGUGCACAACAGAGGGAAGCGCUAUGGGGAGAACCGUUUACAAGAGGCUAGGGUUCAAAGAUGAGGGUACAGGAGACAUUGAGUGGGAGGUCGAUGAGGAGUUCAAGGCCUGGGACAAGCCACCCAACGUCUUCUUGAGGACUGCCAGCAUGACGAUCGUCGACAUACACACCCAUGUUUACCCUCCUAAAUACAUGGACCUCUUGCGUUCGCGAACGACCGUACCAUACGUUCGAACAUUUCCCGACGCACCAGACUCAGCACGUCUCAUCAUCCUGCCAGGCGAAGAUGACCCUUCAACGCCUUCAACCUCACGAGGCCGCCCGAUUGGUUCAGAGUACUACGAGAUCAAGGAGAAGAUAGCCUUCAUGGACCUGCACAAGAUUGACAAGUCAGUCAUUUCGUUGGCAAACCCAUGGCUUGACUUCCUUCCCGCGGAAGAAGCUGGAGACGCAGCGAAAAAGAUCAACGACGAUGUCAACGACCAGUGCUCACAGUACCCCGGCCGAUUGUACUUCUUCGGCACUCUCCCACUUUCCGCAUCGCCAGAAGCCAUAACUGCCGAGAUCGAAAGGCUGAGCACACUCAAGUAUGCACGCGGUGUCAUCAUGGGAACUUCUGGUCUUGGACAAGGUCUAGACGACGAGAACCUCGAUCCUGUCUACGCAGCACUAGAGAAACACCAACAACUUAUAUUCCUCCACCCCCACUACGGCCUACCUACAUCCGUCUACGGACCCCGAGCGAGCGAAUACGGACACGUACUACCACUUGCACUCGGCUUCCCCUUGGAGACCACCAUCGCGGUGAGCAGGAUGCUGCUGAGCGGGGUCUGGGAUCGAUUCACAAAGUUGAGCGUACUAUUGGCGCAUUCUGGAGGUACAUUGCCGUUCCUGGCUGGUCGUAUCGAGUCUUGCAUCCUCCAUGAUGGGCAUCUGAAGAAGCAUGGCAAGACGCAGAAAAGGAGGGAUGUUUGGGACAUCUUGAAGACGAACAUCUAUCUGGAUGCUGUCAUUUACUCGGAAGUAGGCCUUGGAGCAGCAGUCGCUGCAUCUGGAUCUGAUCGGUUGUUGUUUGGUACUGAUCAUCCAUUCUUCCCGCCACUCGAAGAGGACGCGAAAGAAUGGCAUAGUGUGAAUGCGAACUACGGAGCCAUCUCAAAAGCAUUCUCCACAGACGACAAGAAGGCACAAGAUGUUCUUGGUGGUAACGCAGUGCGCAUAUUGAGAUUAGACUAA